GUGGUUCUUGAGCUUGAAGUUUACAUUCCGGGUCCGUUAUAUAAGGCACUCUCGACUUGCGUUUGAGCAACGAACACGAGUGUCUCUCCUGUUGUCCAGAUCAGACACAGGAUGUCUUCUGUCAAUUCUGCGUCAAAGUUUCGUGUUGCCAUCAUGGAAUGGGUGGUCUAGUCCUCGGUCUGUGCCUCAAGAAGUAUGCGUCGGACGUACGAUUCGACAUAUAUGAAUCUGCAGCCAAGCUUACGGAGGUUGGGGCCGGCGUCGCGUUGUCCCCCCGUAUCUGGACGAUCAUGCAAGAGCUCGGGUUGGAGGAAGAGCUAGUCAAGGUCACGGGUGCAGUGGACCGUGCUGGAAGCGAUCUGUUGUUUCGGAAGGGAGACGAAGCGAAAGUGAUCGACAUUGUGAGGUUCCAUCAGCUGCACAUGUUCCAUAGAUCCAUGCUCCAGCGGAUCCUAGCAGAGAAGCUCGACGCUACCGAUAGGAUUCACUUCUCAAAGCGCCUCACGUCUUACUCCGAGCCGACCUCCCCCACUGAGCCCAUCGUUAUGAACUUCAAGGAUGGGACGACAGCAACCUGUGACAUCGUUAUUGGUAGCGACGGCAUUCGUUCCUCCGUGCGCCGCACGAUGUUCGCCAACCUGUCCGAUGAAUCGGAAAGGCACGGUCGGAUCGAAGAGGCGUCGCGUUUCCGCGCCAUGGUGGAGCCGAUCUGGUCCGGUCAUGUUACAUACCGUGGUUUGGUACCAGCAAGCGACCUCUCCGAGGAGCUCAGGCAAUUUGCGUCUACACCCCAGAUUCUGUGUGGAAAGGACAGGCAUAUUGUGUUGUAUCCAGUGUCCGGCGGAGAACUUGUGAACGUCGUUUCUAGUGUGUACACACUUGGAUCGGGUACAGUGUAUGACGGACCUUGGGUAGAGACAACUACCUCCGAGAAAGUCGCCAAGUUAUGCGAGGGAUUCAUUCCCAAUGGUGUGGCCCUGAUCAAGUCGAUGAGGGAGCCUUUGUGCUGGGCGUUGCACACAGUACCCAAACUUACUACGUACAUCAAAGGAAGAUCUGCGCUCAUUGGCGAUGCCGCGCACGCCAUGGUUCCAUUCCAAGGCGCCGGCCUUGGACAAGCAAUCGAGGACGGUUUCGUGCUUGCCAACAUUCUCGCACAUUCCUCUGUUGCAUUGGCAAACGUGUCCGAAGCGCUCAAGAUCUACGACGAUGUCCGCAGACCGUUCUCGCAGACCGUGCAGCAAGGAUCAGAGUGUACUGGGGAGCUUUACCAGCUGAGGCGAGCUGGCUGGGAGAAUAUCAGCGUCGAAGACAGCGCGGCCGGUAGGUACCCGCCUGAGCUGCUCAGUGACUUCGAAAAGGAUGCAAAGGCGCAGAUGGAGUGGCAAUACGAUCCUGGAGCAAGUAUCAAGGGCGACAUUGCGAAGGUUCUCAGUAUGUUGGAGACCCUUUCCGCACAAUGAAACUCCUCACGCUAUACGUCCUUUUAUGUUGGGUAUGUAGGCGACACGGAGCGACCGAGUUAUGUCUGGCUAUGUACUGAAACAAUGGAGUUGCUUCUGCGAUCUUCCG